CGCAGUGACACCGCGCGGCGGCGGCUGCCUCUUUAAGCGGCCGUGCCCAUUGUUUGCGCCGCGGCCAAUGGGCGGCGGCGGCGGCGGCGCGGGCGGCCAAUGGGAGCGGCGCGGGGCAGCGCGCGCGCCGCCCCCGGCUCUAUAAAAGGGCCGGCGGCGCCGCGUGAGUCCCCACUGGCUCGCGCAAAGCCAUCUUGGCAUUGUUCUGCCCGCGCCGCCGCCGCCGCCCGCGCCGCCACAGCCCCGCGCCCCGCACGCCCCCGCCAUGUCCGACACGGCCGUGGACACCAGCGCCGAGAUCUCCGCCAAGGAUCUAAAAGAGAAGAAGGAAGUUGUUGAAGAAACAGAAAAUGGCAGAGAUGCACCGGCCAACGGCAAUGCUAACGAGGAAAACGGAGAGCAGGAGGCUGACAACGAAGUAGACGAAGAGGAAGAGGAAGGUGGCGAGGAAGAGGACGAGGAGGAAGAGGGUGAUGGUGAGGAGGAGGACGGCGAUGAAGACGACGAAGCUGAGGGAGCCACAGGCAAACGGGCAGCUGAGGACGACGAGGACGACGACGUCGAUCCCAAGAAGCAGAAAACCGACGAAGAUGACUAGGCAGCAAAUUAUUAUUAUUUUUUUUUAAAUAAGGAGGAAAACAAACCAACAAAAAAGGCCAGCGCGUCCUCUUCACCCUUGGGACCCCCCCCCCCUCCUUCCUCCCCAGCCCGUCCGACGCAACCACCACCCCCCACAGCCCUUCCUCCCCUAUCCGCCGUGGUCAUCCUCACCAAGUAGAGUGAACCCCCGUCCCCGGCCCCCCGGCGCGGCGCUGCCACUCACCGAGCAUACCGAAACGAUUCGCCCGUUAGCGGGGAGAGAAAACCCCCCUUCCCUUCCCACCCCCCUGACCCCCCACAGACCCCCUUCCCCCCAAGCACCAAAACUUCAAGGCCCUGCUUUCUUUCUUAAAAGUACUUUAAAGGAGAAUUUGUUUGUAUUUUUUAUUUACAUUUUAUAUUUUUGUACAUAUUGUUAGGAGGUCCGCCAUUUUUAAGUGAUCUCGGAUUGACCAAAAGGGGGGCUUUGAAGUGUAUAUCUCUUGUUACCUAACUCUGACUUUACUUGUGGUGUGACCAGGCCCAAACCAUUAUCUCAAAGGAGAAUAAAACAAAACCUUGUAAAAAAAAAAAAAAAAAAAGACAAAAAUGCAAAAAAAAAAAAUUACAAUCUUAUUCUGAGCAUUCCAGUAACUUUUUUUGUGUAUGUACUUUAGCUGUACCAUAGAUCGUGGUUUGUAUGAGGUGGCAAGGCCAAAGAUAAAAAGGUUUUUCUUUUUUUUUUCUGUCUAUGAAGUUGCUGUUUAUUUUUAUUUUUUUUCUUUUUUUGGCCUGUUUGAUGUAUGUGUGAAACAAUGUUGUCCAACAAUAAACCGGAAUUUUAUUUUG